GUUCGUUUGGCUGGAAACGCCGCAAUGUGUACAGGCUGCGGACUGGAAGCUCGCGACGACGUGUGUGCAUAACUUGUGACACUUUUCUGCGUCUCUCUCUUUUUACUGACACAUUUUUGGAGAAAAGUAGUGAGGACUGGCAUUUUUUUCACUCGAAGCUUCCCGAAGGAGCAAGGUUUAUUACAAGUCAGGCUCGCAUCGGUCAAGAUGGCCCAGUGGAACCAGUUGCAACAGCUGGAGACCAGGUACCUGGAGCAGCUGUACCACCUGUACAGCGACAGCUUCCCCAUGGAGCUGCGGCAGUUCCUCGCGCCCUGGAUUGAAAGUCAGGACUGGACUUUCGCCGCUAAGAAGGAGUCUCAUGCCACCCUGGUGUUCCAUAAUCUCCUGGGCGAGAUAGACCAGCAGUACAGCCGCUUCCUGCAGGAGAACAACGUCCUCUACCAGCACAACCUGAGGCGGAUCAAGCAGCACCUGCAGAGCAAGUACCUGGAGAAGCCCAUGGACAUCGCCCGUAUCGUCGCUCGCUGCUUGUGGGAGGAGCAACGGCUGCUACAGACGGCCACCGCUGCUGCGCAGGACGGACAAGCCGCCCACCCCACAGGGACAGUGGUGACAGAGAAGCAGCAGAUUCUGGAACACAACCUUCAAGACAUCAGGAAACGAGUGCAGGACAUGGAACAGAAGAUGAAGAUGCUGGAGAACCUGCAGGACGACUUUGAUUUCAACUACAAGACAUUGAAAAGCCAAGGAGAGCUGAACCAGGACCUGAACGGGAAUAGCCAGGCAGCAGCUACCAGGCAAAAAAUGGCUCAGCUGGAGCAGAUGCUGAGUACCCUGGACCAGCUCAGACGGCAAAUUGUGACAGAGAUGGGAGGCUUACUGACCGCAAUGGACUACGUACAGAAGAACCUGACAGACGAAGAACUGGCCGAAUGGAAGCGACGACAGCAAAUCGCCUGCAUCGGAGGUCCGCCGAACAUCUGCCUUGACCGCCUGGAAACAUGGAUCACGUCCUUAGCUGAGUCCCAGCUCCAGAUUCGGCAGCAGAUCAAGAAACUGGAAGAGCUUCAACAAAAGGUGUCGUACAAGGGAGACCCCAUUGUCCAGCACCGGCCCGCACUCGAGGAGAAGAUUGUGGACUUGUUCAGAAACCUCAUGAAGAGUGCGUUUGUGGUAGAAAGACAGCCGUGCAUGCCCAUGCACCCAGACAGACCAUUGGUCAUCAAAACAGGCGUGCAGUUCACAAACAAAGUCAGGCUGCUUGUGAAGUUUCCUGAGCUCAAUUACCAGCUGAAAAUUAAAGUUUGCAUUGACAAGGAGUCUGGGGACGUGGCUGCAAUCAGAGGGUCCAGAAAGUUCAACAUCCUCGGCACUAACACCAAAGUCAUGAACAUGGAGGAGUCCAACAACGGCAGCUUGUCGGCAGAGUUUAAACACUUGACCCUCAGAGAGCAGCGGUGUGGUAACGGUGGACGCACCAAUAGUGACGCAUCUCUUAUCGUCACCGAGGAGCUCCAUCUGAUCACCUUUGAGACUGAAGUCUAUCACCAAGGCCUGAAGAUUGAUCUGGAGACGCAUUCGCUCCCCGUAGUGGUCAUAUCUAACAUCUGCCAGAUGCCAAAUGCCUGGGCGUCCAUCUUGUGGUACAACAUGCUCACCGAUCAGCCAAAGAAUGUGAACUUCUUCACCAAACCGCCAGUGGGGACGUGGGACCAGGUGGCUGAAGUGCUCAGCUGGCAAUUCUCGUCCACCACAAAGAGAGGCCUGACCAUUGAGCAACUCACCACACUGGCCGAGAAACUGUUAGGGCCGUCUGUCAACUACUCAGGCUGUCAGUUUACGUGGGCCAAGUUCUGUAAGGAGAAUAUGGCCGGUAAAGGCUUUUCUUUCUGGGUCUGGCUAGACAACAUCAUCGACCUGGUCAAGAAGUACAUCCUUGCGCUGUGGAAUGAGGGGUACAUCAUGGGCUUUAUCAGCAAGGAGAGAGAGAGGGCCAUUCUUAGCCCCAAACCGCCGGGCACGUUUCUUCUGCGCUUCAGUGAGAGCAGCAAGGAAGGCGGCAUCACGUUCACGUGGGUUGAGAAAGAUAUCAACGGCAAAACUCAGAUUCAGUCGGUGGAGCCAUACACCAAGCAGCAACUCAACAACAUGUCUUUCGCCGAUAUCAUCAUGGGCUACAAAAUCAUGGAUGCCACCAACAUCCUGGUUUCCCCCCUCGUGUAUCUGUAUCCCGAAAUUCCCAAGGAGGAAGCCUUCGGGAAGUACUGUCGACCGGAGGCUGCUCCUGAACCCGAGCUGGGAGACUCCACAAGUAUCAUUCAGCCGUACUUGAAGACCAAGUUCAUCUGCGUUACCCCGUGUCCCUCCGUGUUCAUGGACUUUCCGGACAGUGAGCUGCUUGGGAACGGAUUCCCGGGGACAAACUCGGGCAACACCAGCGACCUUUUCUCACUCUCACUGUCUCCGCGCACUCUGGACUCGCUGAUGCCCAAUGAAGCGGAGGCUAAUCCAGGACAUCUGGAAUCCCUGACUCUGGACAUGGAUGUAGCUUCUCCCAUGCAUGUGAACCCAUCCAACUUGGUUUGAGUUUAGAUUGAUUGAGUGUUUGCAGAGAAAAGAUGGUAACACAAGUUUCCACCUACACUGUUGUUGAUUGUGAUGCGUCUGUCACCUUCAACAGUCUCCUCACAUUGGUGGCAUGCAAGUAUGAUAUCAAUUUCAAGUGUAUGUUUCGAAAUGAAUGUGUGUGCGUCGCGAGAGAUUCAUUGUCGUAUAAGCUAUGGCAUUGUUUAAAAAAAAAAAAAAAGAAUACUUUUGUGUCUCACUUUUCAUCCCUGCCGAAUGGAAUCAUGCAAAUGUGGUCGUUGCCAUUUUUUUAACAUAUUCCCCUUCAAGCACUCUAAAACAAUAUGUACAUACCAGUACUUAGAUUUAUUUUAUCAGCACUCUUCUGCUUAUCAACAUGUUUGCUUUGGAUCUGGCCUGAUUUAUAUUUUCUUUCUCCUAAGGUGUGGUGUUAAAAAUCUGUGCAUCUCUUUCCAAAUGACUGUUUGGAGCACAACUGCCAUGUUAAACAAUUGUUUCCUGUA